CCACGACCACGAUCGAGUCCCCUACUUUCUCAUUGUUAGUGUCUCUCUUGCUUCAGAGAGCAGAGCUGAGCUUCGUCCGCUGCCGAUUGGUGGUGGUGCUCGCUCGCUCGCUCUCUCUCUCUCUCUCUCCUUGUCUGUGUUUGGGCGGAGAUGUCUGGGGUGUGGGUGUUCAAGAACGGUGUGGUUCGGCUGGUGGAAAAUCCGGCGAUAGAGUCGCUGGAUGGGAGUCGACAAGGGUCGACCACCCGGCGCAAGGUUCUGGUUCACAGCCCUACGAAUGAGGUGAUCACGUCCUACGCCGUUCUGGAGCGCAAGCUCUUGGAGUUGGGAUGGGAGAGGUAUUACGACGACCCAGACCUUCUCCAGUUCCACAAGCGAUCCACAGUUCACCUCAUUUCUCUCCCCAGAGAUUUCACCAAGUUCAAGUCCAUGCACAUGUAUGACAUCGUUGUCAAGAACCGUAACUGCUUUCAAGUUAGAGAUAUGUAGUAGCUCCAUCUCUUCCAUCCACCACCACUCAUUCCUGUCUCUCUCUCUCUCUCUCUCCUUCUCUGCACUCUUAUUCCCUUCUCUUUCUAUCUCUUUUUGCUAUUGGGUUUCUUCUUAUGAGUGAGUGGGCAUGCAUGGCGUAUGUAUGGGGAAAGUAAUUAUAAAUUAUAAUAUUAUAUAGCUAGAGCAUAUAGAGAGGAGUUAGAUAGAUUUGGGGUUUGAAUUGAUUAGUCUCCUCUCGUUUUGUAAAUGUUAUUAGUGAGUGAUAUAUUGAGCAAAUAAAUAAUGAAAUAUGGGCUAUCUGGUUUUCUGUGUGA